UUAUUCAAAAAAAAAAACUAGAAAAUCAAAAGAGUACCAGAAGGAAGCUAAUAAUAUAUGUCAGGAUGGACUAGCGGACCACGUUGCACCAGCCGGUUAUUGAAUUGAAUGCUUUUUUUUUUUGUCGGUUGGGGUUGGAUUGUGGAGUGACUUGUGAGGCGUGGCUGGAGAAGGGCAUUUCAUCCGCCAAGAAGACGCUGGCUCUGGCGGUAGAUAGGUACUGGCAGCUGUUGGAGGGGAUUGAUUUCCUUCCUCCUCAGUCCUCCCUAUUUCCCUCACUCACAACUACUGACAUCUGAGAAGCCUGUUACUAGUGAUUAGGUGCUCCCCAUUCUCGUUGCCCCACCAGCAUUCUCAAAUAUCAAAAGAGAGGCAAAAUCGACGGACAAUGUCAAUCCCAGUCCCAGUUCCAGCGAGUGGUGCUGCCGCUUAUCAGAGCUCCGGCAUGCUAUCCAGAGAUCAAUUACUUCACCUUUUUGACCGUUUCUCCUUUCUCACCUCCCGCCCCGAUGUCAAGAAAAGGAUAGCUGAAGCCGUCCUUGACAAGCAGGAAGCUGUUGCUGUAACCACCACGAUUCAGGAGGAGAUAUUUCUGGAAAUGGGAAUUGACCCAAGAUUUGGUCUUGCUUGCCUUGGGAAAGUAAAUGUGGCUUAUGAGAGUGAUCAAGAUUUAAUGAUCCAAUUUUAUGGAUUUGUUGCAAAGGAAGAGAUGGCUUGUGAAGAGGCUGAGCUUGGACCAGAAAAAUUUGCAGAAAGAAUGCAUAUGCAACAUAAAUUACAAGAGCAGCAACUGGAGAUGCUAAAAUACAUGCGCAAUUUUCAUCUAGAUGACCAGUCUGCAGUCCUGGAGAAGAUUCAGCAGCAGAUGGAGAGAGCCAAUUUUGAGAUAGAGGCAUCAAUUUUGUCUGAGGAACAGAUUCAAGACAUAGUUCGAAGGAGGGUAUCGCCUGUUUUCCAGCUCAGAUAGCCUAGUUGAUCCAAAUAGCUCCCUUCUUUUGGUUGUUCGAAAUAGCCUAGUUGGUCGACAUUGUUCAAAGGAGGGUAUUCCUUGUUUUGCUUGGGCUGGAGGGUGGUUGUUGUUUCUUUUUUUUUUUGGUUUUGUGCUGUAUUUUUGGUUGCUUAAGACCGACAGCCUAGUAAUCCUCGUGUAUUUUUUUUUUAAACUAUCUUAACCUAUUCCUACUAAUAUUUUAUGGGGAGGGGAAGCCUAAACAGAGACUGGUUGCACUAGUACAGUCUCUCUGUAUAUUUUAAGAAUAAGAAGCACUAUGAUUUUUGUGUGAUGUGUUAGGCGGGGUUUCAACUCUUGACUUGAUGCACAAAAACAAAGGAGUUGUUCUUGAUGAUUGGAUUAAGCUCAAUAGUUAAGCUUCGUGUCGAUUGUGGCAUGCUGAUUUUGGAGUAGCAUUUGAAUUUGUCUUCCUGUCAAUCUUCUUGUACUAUGAACAAGCAUUCACAAGUUUAUGAUAUCAUUUUGGUGCUUGUGCUUGGAUGAAACAAACUUCAGUUGAUGCCUAUCCAUUGAAAUCUUGAAAACCUGUUGAAUAAACAUGUACAUGACAAUUUUGUACUUAUCUUUGGAGGAGACUUAAUGAGUUCAGUUCUUUGACUGCUAAGGAGCCUUAUGAUCAUAAUUCUGAGUGGGGGAAUGAUCAAUCAAUCAAUUUUUGAUGAGAAAUUUAUUUGUAAUGCUCUAACACCCAUGCAAAUUGAAAGGGAAGAGAUGGCUUGUGAAGAGGCUGAGCUUGGACCAGAAAAAUUUGCAGAAAGAAUGCAUAUGCAACAUAAAUUACAAGAGCAGCAACUGGAGAUGCUAAAAUACAUGCGCAAUUUUCAUCUAGAUGACCAGUCUGCAGUCCUGGAGAAGAUUCAGCAGCAGAUGGAGAGAGCCAAUUUUGAGAUAGAGGCAUCAAUUUUGUCUGAGGAACAGAUUCAAGACAUAGUUCGAAGGAGGGUAUCGCCUGUUUUCCAGCUCAGAUAGCCUAGUUGAUCCAAAUAGCUCCCUUCUUUUGGUUGUUCGAAAUAGCCUAGUUGGUCGACAUUGUUCAAAGGAGGGUAUUCCUUGUUUUGCUUGGGCUGGAGGGUGGUUGUUGUUUCUUUUUUUUUUUUGGUUUUGUGCUGUAUUUUUGGUUGCUUAAGACCGACAGCCUAGUAAUCCUCGUGUAUUUUUUUUUUAAACUAUCUUAACCUAUUCCUACUAAUAUUUUAUGGGGAGGGGAAGCCUAAACAGAGACUGGUUGCACUAGUACAGUCUCUCUGUAUAUUUUAAGAAUAAGAAGCACUAUGAUUUUUGUGUGAUGUGUUAGGCGGGGUUUCAACUCUUGACUUGAUGCACAAAAACAAAGGAGUUGUUCUUGAUGAUUGGAUUAAGCUCAAUAGUUAAGCUUCGUGUCGAUUGUGGCA